UGGGCCUCGUCAGCCGCCGUAGGAGAGCGCCGGCCGCGGCGGCGCCACGUUCCCUGCGGCGGCUGCGGACGAAUCUGCUGGGCUGCGGGGUGGUUCCCGUCGACCAUGGCCUUCACCCUGUACUCGCUGCUGCAGGCGGCCCUGCUCUGCGUCAACGCCAUCGCGGUGCUGCACGAGGAGCGAUUCCUCAAGAACAUUGGCUGGGGAACAGACCAGGGAAUUGGUGGAUUCGGAGAGGAGCCAGGAAUUAAAUCUCAGCUAAUGAACCUUAUUCGAUCUGUAAGAACCGUAAUGAGAGUACCAUUGAUAAUAGUAAACUCAAUUGCAAUUGUAUUGCUUUUACUAUUUGGGUGAAGAUCAGUGGGGGAAAUGGAGAUUCAGAAGAAGAGAUGUCAGCGGAAGUUAUUACUUCGUCUUUAUUGGAAUCUACAUACCUUAGCUGGCUGUCCCUGGCCUUGACAAAAAAUGUAAACAUGAUAAUAAAACCAGAGUCCCUAUUUAUCUGAUUUUUUUAAAUGCUGCACUAUAGUUUCAUUAUAAAAAGAUCAGAUCAUCAGAGGUAGUAACUCUCCAGGAUUGGAAUACAUUUGAUUGAUGACUGUUAAUAAAAGUUUGUGCUAUGGUUAAGAUUGUUCAAAGGGUGCAAGACUGUCACUUCUGUGUUUUUAGAGCUUCUUCUCUCACUUCUCAGGGAUGAUUUUUUUUAACUUUUGAAGUUCAUUGUGACUCAGUUAUGCUCAGAGAGUGAUUAUCCUCCUAGAUAAAACUUAAAGGAUUUAAAAACUAAUUACUACAUAUAAAGUGAUAGAUAAUUGGGAUGAUUUUAUUUUGAACUCUGGUUAAAUAUUUUGUCUAUAUUGUCUUGGCUAUGAAAAAUUCAAAUUCAUAGUAACUAUCGAGGAGCAAUACUGUCUGACUUUAGGGAGAAUUAUAAUUUUGUAAGUCAGUCACAUAGCGAUUGUGUUUUUGUUUUAAAUUAUUUUCAUGCAUUUCUUAUUUUAGUAAUUGGUCUGAAUGAUGAGAACAGAUUAGUAUCUACAUAUUUUCAUUGGUAGAAAAGUAUAGACCUUUUUACAAUGGUGACUUAUUUUUUGAAAUCAGCAUAAAUAUUAGCCUCUAAGGGCAAUCCUAAACAAUCACAAUUAUAAACUAUACUAUGUAAGAAGACUUAUCUACGUAAGAAGCAUUUACCUGUCCCAAAAGUACCGUGUUUCCAUUUCUUGGAGGAAUACAUUAAGGCAGGCGUCCUCAAACUGCGGCCCGCCGAAAACACUUAUCCGGCCUGCCGGGUGUUUUUGCCGCCGCUGCCUGUCCUGCUUAGCAGCCGACUGUCCAGGGCUCGCAGUGCGCAUGUGUGGAAUGUCAGGGACAGUGAACUGGCCCCCUGUUUAAAAAGUUUGAGGACCUCUGCAUUAAGGAGUGUGAGUCUUAAUUCUUAUUUCCAUCUGUCACUAGGGCAUUCAUGCUGGAUAAGUUUUGUUUUGAUGUCUUAGACCAUUCUGUAUUUUACUCAUCCCAUAAUACAGUUUUAUGCAGAAAGAAUAAAACUAUGUAAAUGUUUUUUCUAGAAAUUAUGGGUUAUAAUAUUUAAAAGGGGUAGAAUUGCAUCUUUGUUUAUAGCACAACAUUUGUAAAUAAAGUAAAAUUUCUAAGUCAA